AUGUUCAAGGCGGCAUUGGCAGCAUUUGUCGAUAUGCUAUUGGAUAUCGUACUCUCUACCUCUGCUAGAAGAAACAUCGUAGGAUGCUCUGAGUCGCUUCAUGGCCUAACUGAGCCCGCUUGGUCUUUGUCCCCAUCUGCCAUAGCAUCAGUGAAAACACCGCAGCUUGUGUUCUUGACGCGUAUAUGCAUUAGCAUGGUGGAAAGCGUCGUCCGAAGAAAACAUGCCUGUACCGAAAACGAGCGCAACAUGCUCAUGCAAUCUAGAUCAAAUUCUAUGGCUUGCUUGCAAGAGAAACUUGUGGACCUGGGAUAUGGACCGGAAUUGGCGGUCCUGCCUAGUAUAGAUGUUCCUGCGAUGCAUAGUGUUGUGAACCAUACUUGGCCUCUCACCGAUCAAAUCUGGACCAAUAUCCAAAGGGUGAUUGUCAAGUACAUGCAAGCAAUGAAAGUUAAAUGCCUGGCUCGAGAACACCAUGAGCUUCUCGAAAGUCGGAGGAAGCUCGCUAUCGAUUACCUUCGUAUGUGCAAGACCCUGGCUCCGAGUACCCUCUUCCCUCUGAUGCUCGACUUCUUCGAACUGCCUCCAAUCCGAAAGAUCAUCCAGCUGCCGUCGAACGAAACAGUCACCCGAGGCCACAUUCAUCGACUCACGCUUGAACCGGCAUUACCGGAAGAUCAAGCCAGUGUAUAUCAAGCUGCUAUUCGACCCCGAGACCAUGUCACAUUCUUGCCUCAGUUUAGGGGAUAUAUCCAUAUAUCCAUUCGUGUUCCGUGGAGCACGACCUGCCUCGAGAGCAACGACCGAGUCCCCGAGGUCGUCAGUGCUGUCAUCAACUUUGUUGGUGGAGAUCCCGAGAUGGCCACCGCCGAGGACCUGGCUGAUGCCAUCAGGAGAAAGCACUAUGAAGACACAACGCCGCAGGAAGACUACGUGAAACUUAUCAAUCCUGAUAUAUCUGGGCGGACGACUGGUUCAUACUGGAGUCAGUGUUCGAUGGGGAGCGUGGGGCAUGAUUUUCUCCCUGAGCAGAGGAGUGCGCGGACCACGGAUAGGAUCGCCAUCGCCCCGGAGGGACAUCCGUUGCGAGCUACGGUAGGGAUGGGGUCGCCUCGCUCUUCCAUUUUGGCUUGGUUGUCAUCCAUUUUCUUGCCAUACAAUAACAGUUCCUUACCGGGCUUGUUUUGA